AUGGGGUAUUUGUUUCUGCUUGUGAAACAUGUGCACAUGAUUGUCAUAGCUCCUGGGAAAAAGGCUACAGAUGCUAUUCUCAUCCACCUGGCUUUAAGUAACAUUAUGACACUUUGUGCCAGAGUAAUCUCAGUUACAUUAUCAGCUUUUCUUCUCAGUAACUUCCUAGGCAAUAUUAUUUGUAAAAUUGUGAUUUACCUCAACAGGGUGGCUCGAAGUCUCUCCAUUUGCACCACCUGCUUCCUCAGUGUAGUCCAGGCCAUCACCAUCAGUCCCAUGAACAACUUGUGGAGAAGAUGGCUCUUCCUCUGCCUCAUGACUCUCCGGGACCUCACCUUUCAGAGUCUCAUGGGUUGCAGCAGUGGGUACAUGGCUCUCUAUUUGUACAAACAUCACAAGCAUGUCCUCUACCUUCAGAGAUCCAGGUUUGCCAAAUAUCCCAGCCCAGAGAUCCGAGCCACUCAGAGUACUCUCAUCCUCAUGACCUGUUUUCUGUUCUUCUAUUGGACAGAUUUCAUUUUAUCCUUCUACAUAGGAAUCACAUUGUCAGAAGAAUCAGCAACAUUAAAUACUAAAAUACUUCUUGAAAUUGGUUAUACCAGCCUCAGCCCCUUUAUCCUGAUCAGCAGGAAUGCCAAACAG